CUGGAAGCUUAUAAACUUCGACAUAUAACUAUGGCGUACAAGCUUAUUACGGCUGCCUUGGCUUUUGCCACCAGCGUAUCUCAAGUUGCUGCUCAGGAAUGUGCUCAAAAUCUCUUAACUACACAUGCUGGUGUUCAAUUCUAUCUUUAUGAUGAUUCUAUUGCUUCAAAUAACUACAAACCUCUUCAACUUCGACCUAGCAAGGAUGGAAAGUUUAGCUAUCUCGCCAUAGACAACAGCUCUCCAGUUUUUACUGCCAACCUCGACAAUGGUGUCUUGAUCAGUGAAAAUAAAAGCUCUGACGGCACUCUUUUCGAUACAGGUGCCAGAGGCUUCUUGCAAAAUUACACCAAUGUUGAUAAUUACGUCCCACCUACCUUGGUAGGCCAGCUUGCCUUUGCAAAUACUUCCACCUUUGCCAAUGCGUCUGAUUCCAACUGGCUUCUGGGGCCAUCAGGUGGAACAAACAUCUACAACCUCUGGCACGACGAGCCUGUCAACACGCUCAAUGGAAUGCAGAUUUGCGAAGCUGAUUUUGACCUCAAUGAGGAUGGAACACCUUGGUAUUAUUUUCAAUACGUGGACUGGGUUAUUUACUACCCACCAAACUGUGAAUUUGUUGCAAUCCUGACAAAUGUUACCUCGCCGGACCUGCCUACAUGCUAAGCAUUAGAUUCUGUUUAGCUAACAUAAGCCCCUUAUUUGUCGGAGGCUAACGCAUGGUGAAAGCGUUAGGGAUGUUUGGUGGUUUAAGAAAAAUUAUUCAUGGAUGCUGGGGUUGCCUUCAGAAUAUUGGAAUCAAAUACUAUCAAAUUGUAAACCUCUUAAUUGAAAAUAUAUCCAUGA